ACAACAGAAUCGAAAACGACAACCCACGCAAAAGUUCCAGCCACAAAAAACCCACAAAAACCUUAGCGACACAAACAAAGUUCAGUGUCUCGGCCGCCGUUUAUCCUCGAAGUUGGCGAAAAAAGCGAACGGGUUCUGUAACCGCUGAAAAAGCAGAGAGACACACAUAAAAGUGAAAAGGAUUGCAAGGAGUGGAUAUUGGCAAGGCCCUCAAACAUAAAAAAAUAAAAAACAAGCGACAGAAAUGAGGUAUCUUUGGCUGCUGCUCCUUAUCGCCUGCGGAUCUGUCCAGUUUCCAGGUGUGCUGACCUUGCCGGAGGCACUCCCAGCCAAAUCUUCAUCAGCCGCUGGAGGCGGCAAUGGAGGAGGAGCCGGGGGAGGAGUCACUGCCCCAUCAGCCGGAGACACCAGCGCGGACUACGACGAUUCUGGUGAGGAGGAGGAGCAACGUGCUCCUGGAAAUCUGGCCAAGUCCACGGCUGGUCCCAAAUUCCCCGAUCCCUACUUCGAGCAGACUGAUGUGAUCAUCUAUGUGCCCAAAAACGCGACCAGUGUUAAGCUGGAAUGCCCUGUGAAGAACUACAAUGCCCAACACCACGUGAUCAUGUGGUACAAGGAUGAUGUGCCCGUGUCCAACGAUCGCGCCAUAAUCAACAAGAUCUACGCACUGGACGAGCAGUUCGGCUUGACCGUUCCGCUGGCAGCGAAUGCCACAGAGGAGCGGUUCGUGUGCAAGGCCCUUCCGAAUGCCCUGCGCCAGGUGACCAUCCGGUUUGGGCCGGAGCCAAGCACCCCAGCUCCGGCCGCGGAUCCGGCGGUGACCUCCGCCCCCGCCAAGGAUUCGGCACCUCAGGGUCGGGACAUCAGCCUCUGGCUGGUGAGCUUCCUUUUGGCAUCUGUCCAAUUGGCAGUGGUGUCCCUUCGAUUUUGAAGUGCCGGCCAAGUUCAAGAGCCCUCGAAGAAUCCGCACCACCGGCAUUCAAGUUUGGAGAUGCACACCGCAACAGAUGAGCUUGACAUUGGGACAUGGACAUUGGGUGACCGUCGAUGGCUUGGCGAAAUUAAGAUAGGUGUUGCUUUGUUACUGUAAUAUAUAUGUAGGAAAAGGAAAACAAACACAGAUCUUACGGGGAAGCAAACAUCCUAGAGCUAUAGAUUAUUUGAAUUCCACUUCCGAACUCAGCUUCCUCCACUUCCAAAAUCGAUGUUUGUUUAGACUCCUUUGAAGUAUUAUUGUUUGUAUACCUCUUACAGAUAUGCUAUAUCUAUAGGAUCGAAUUAGCCUAGUGUGAUUGCUUUAGUCUUGCGCUUGAUCGAGAGAUUAGUACAUAAUUGAUUUUAAAUUAGCGGAACAAAAUGCGAUACCAAGUGGCUUAACGUAUAAUUGUGAAGGAUACGAUAUAUAUAUAUAUCUGUAUAUGUAUGAAGAGAUUAUGAGUACAUAAAAACAAUGUAUGCAAUUUUUGUCGAAUGUAAAGUGAAAUAAACUAGAGCUGCUAUAGACCCAGCUGAAUCCAUUCAACGAAA